AUGUUUCUUCUGCUGUACGUGGGCAUAGACCAUAGACUGCUUAUCGUUGCGGCCUUUUUAGCAUGGCGUAAAAACAAAGAGCAGGAGCUAAAGAAGAAAAGCUCCGACAAGUCACUCGACAAGGAAUACGAGGAAAUGAUUAAAAAGGAGGAAAAGACGAGGGAGGCAAAAGCGGCUUAUGAAGCCUGGCAGAAACAGAAGGACGCAGAAUUGAAGGCCAAACUGUUGGCACAAAAACUUCAAAAGCAGAAGGAGGAGGAGAGGAAGCGCGAAGAAAGAGCACAGAGGAGACAGGCCGCUCGGGACUCCUACCUAGCAUGGGAACUCCGCAAGAUUCUAGACCCCAACUUACUGAACAAUUCGCCUUCCCUUCUCCAGGCAGCCUCAAUCGACAGCCUGAAACCCGAAUCUGCACGAUUUUUUCUCCAACGCCAGGCGUGGCGACCGCCUUCGGCGCGGAUUCCAAGCAUUACUUAG